AUGAAUUCGAAGAACAUCCAAGCUGCGGAGCAGGCAGCCGGAUUAAUCCGAAUAACCGGGACGGAGGAACUCUUGCGCGAUGCGAAAUACAUCUCUCGAGCGGACGCGGCAGACGUCGUGGACUUUGCCAUUCAACGGUCGAUUGCGAAUACGAGCAAAUGGGGGAUUCCUACGCUCCAUUGUUUCAGUUGCUCGGCGACGAACGCGAGGAUGUUAGGGAGGCGAGGGGAGAUGUACGCGGAGAGAAUGCGGAGGAGAGAAGAUGGAGACGAUGAUUAUGAUGAUGAUGAUACUUCUAAUAAUGAUUUGAACGUUUGGGUGGUUCCUUUGAGCGCAUUGCAGAACGUUUUGGUAUUGGAUAGCGCAACGGUGAUGACAACUGAAACAGAUAACGGGGAAAGCGAGAGGAGUCACGGGAAAAGAUUCAAACUGAAACCGUCCGUGGUUAUACACGCAAGGAAUUUCGAGAAAAAAACGUGGACGAAGUGUAAAAUUGUGGACGUGGUAACCUCUAAGCGCGCAAUCGAUGACAUCGUCAACGCGAUCGCAGGACAGAAUAUCGUGGACGUGUCGUUCGAAGGCGUGGUGCCGUUAAGAUUGUGCGAGGCGAAAGGGUUCUUGAAACAGAGAGAGGUGAGGAGAAUAGUGGAAAGAGCGGCGAGUUUUGUAGUGUUGAAGGAAGUAAUCGAAAGUAGGGAUAGUAACGUGUACGAUCUGGACAAGCGCGAACAGAGGAAGAGUUCAGGUGGGAACUUUAACAACAGAAGAAGUAAUUAUAGCAGAACGAAAAGUGACGCCGCCGCCAGGAGGAACACUGCUGAGAGUGGUACUAAGGUUUCCGUUCACGCAGGGACGAAGAUUACCACCAUAGGAAGUCCAUUUGGUGUGCUCAGCCCGAACAUAUUUUCGCGCUUGCUCAAUCGGGGGUGCAUUUCGAGUGCAUUGGUGGCUAUAGCGAAUCAAGGUACGAGUAGCAACAUAAACGGCGUAGUAUCACCGGCGGUUUCCGUGGUUGACUUGUCUAUCGCUUUAAAGCCUGGAGCCGAGGGAUCGCCAGUUUUCCUCGACGAAAGUACCAGUAGAUCAAAGGGUCAACCAAUAGUUGUAGGUAUACUCAUACCACCUUUAUCGUUUGCAAAAGAGCGAGAUGGUGGUUCGAGCCGCGGUGCGUUUCCUCUGAUGAUACACGCGCCGUGGAUAUUAGGAGAUGACGCCGAUAAUACUCUAGAUGACGAUAUGCCCCUAACUACGAACAAAAUCGUAUCGGCGGCUAGAAAUGCCACAGAAUCGGUGUGCCGGGUUGAAAUUCUAGACGGCGCACACUUCGGUAGCGGAAUAUUGAUUUCUAAAACCGGUGAUGAUGGCGACUCCUCGGAAGGUAUAGUAUUAACCAAUCGGCACGUCGUACUGCCGGCGAUACAGGAGGAAAAGCAUAGCAAGAACGCGAUUACUUUGCGAUUUUCAAACGGAAGUUGGAGACGUGGCGUCGUACAAAGAGUAAGCAAAGGUCCUCUAGACUUGGCACUUGUGCGUGUGCUCUCUCUAAAAAAUGGAGGCCGUGGAGCGCUUCCAAUCGUGUUACCAACGAGGCGACCUGCGCGAAAACAACGCUCCCCGGCAAUCGGUGAUGAAGUACUAGUCGUUGCGCACGACGAUCGGUUCGGGAACAACGUCAGGAAAAGAAAGUUCGAUAAAGCGUCACCGGAAGUUAAUCACGGAUACGUAUCCAAGAUUGCUGGGAAGAAGACCAUGCUCGUAACUUCAGCUUCUGUCAGAAGUGGUGCUAGUGGUGGGGCUUUAGUUGACGGAAGGACAGGACAUCUUAUAGGUGUCGUCACGAGUAACGCGCGGUUGGCGACAAGAAGUGGUGGAGCCAAUGUAUACACGGACGUCAACUUUAUAGUCAAUGUGAGCGAAACGCAAGGUGGGAUAGGUGAGAUAAUGGAUUCUUACGAGCGCGACCAAGAAGUUAUAGACGCGUGGGACUUACGUUCCGAUAAUAUGCGCAGUAGGCUGUGA